CCAAAGGAGUCCAGUGUAAAGACAUUUGCUGGCAGCUGACUUGUAACAGCCUACUGUGCGUUUCUUGCGUUUCCCGGCGCUGCAGAAGCUUGUCAUUCUUUAUAAAAAAAUUCCACCCAAAGCAGGAGGCGUUUCUUUACAUUUUAGUUGUAUUAGCUGUGUUGAGAGGACGAUGCCUUUGAGGACCGGACUUUUUCUCCUGAUGGUGCUGAACGCAUCUGCAAAUGAACUGGAUCAAAACGAGUCUUAUUCGCCCAGGAGAACACGCUUUUCUGCCAACAGCCCUUCAGAUGUGGCACGCUGUCUCAACAGUGCCCUCCAAGUUGGCUGCGGAGCCUUCGCCUGUCUGGAAAACUCAACUUGUGACACAGAUGGCAUGCAUGACAUCUGCAAAUCCUUCCUUUACAGUGCUGCUAAAUUUGACACUCAGGGUAAAGCAUUUGUGAAGGAGAGCCUUAAAUGCAUCGCCAAUGGCAUCACCACGAAGGCAUUCCCCACCAUUCGCCGCUGUUCCACCUUCCAAAGAAUGAUAUCCGAAGUCCAAGAGGAGUGUUACAGCAAGCUGAAUAUCUGCACUGUUGCCCGGUCGAAUCCAGAUGCUAUUGGCGAAGUGGCACAGCUACCAAGUCACUUCCCCAAUAGGUUUUAUGGUAAGCUGCUCCAGAGCCUGAUGGACUGCGAUGAGGACACAGUGGACCGCGUCAGGACCAGCAUGGUGUCGCGCCUCGGCCCAGAGAUGACCAUGCUUAUUCAGCUGCUGCAGAACAAGCCCUGCCCGUCCACUGCUGUGGCUGCAGCUGCCGCCAUCCCGACUGGAGUGGAGGGCCGUGGGAGCUGGCGCUGGUCCAUGGGUCCCCAUAUGUACAAGAUCCAGCCUAAUCUGCGAAACAGAGACUCUGCCAGCCAUUUUGGAAAAAAGCGCUCUGCCAGUGACAGCUCCUAACUUCCACUCAGAUUCAGAAACUCCACAAAAAAAAAAAAAAAAAAAAAAAAAAAAGCUCCUCUGUUCCCUGGGGGUGGUAAAACUCCACAAGACUGGAAGUCACAGGAACAUGCACCUCUAGGGAAUGCGGUGAGAGUCAAUAUCAGAGUUUGAUUGUUGUUAUGUUGUAUAUCCUACACUUUAGGCUUGAGAGAACCCCCCCCCCCCUUCCAUCGAGUCCGCUCACAGUUAAGUGUCAAACAUGUGGCUGUUGCAUCUGUGCGACGAGGCGUUCCUGUUCACUCUUCUUCACGUCCUCCAACAGAGGUGAAACCUUGAGAAGUCGUUUGAACCCAAGCAUAAAACGAAAA